UGUGUGUGUGUGCAGGAUGCGAGGUUUGUUCUCCGUGACGCUGCUGCUGCUGCUGCUGACGCUCGGCGCCGACGCCAACAGACGAGUCAAACCCCACAAAGGUGGUAAACAUGAUAAGACCCGGCCGGCCUCGGAGUGCUCCACCGCAGAGACUCAGUACGGGAAGUGUGUCCCCGAACACGGAGACUGUGGGGACGGACUGAGAGAGGCCACCUGCAAGGACCGCACCGACAAGAUCCACUGCAAGAUCCCCUGCAACUGGAAGAAGGACAUCAGUGACUGUAAGUAUAAGUUCGGCCCGUGGGGCUCGUGUGAGGCCGACACCAACACCAGGAGCCGCUCAGGAACUCUGAAGCGAGCGCUGUUCAACGCCGAGUGUCAGCCGACCGUCAAGGUGUCCAAACCCUGCUCCCCCAAAGUGAAGAAGACCAGAGGGGAGAAGAAGUCAAACUAAAGGAUGAAGAGAAGACGGAAGGAUUUCUUUCUCUUCCUCCAGCUGAACAAUCGUCUUCCCUCCUUCAUCACACACAAAAAAAACCGAGAGACUCCUCCAAAACACACCAACCUUUGAUCUUUGGCCUCCUAUGAUUCUUUUUCUUGUGUUUAUUUGGAUUAAAGUGCGGAAAGCUUUCCCAGAAACCUCCACUAGAUAAUAAUGAUAAUAAAAAUAAUCCUGUCCUCGUAGCUCAUAGUUUGUUUUAACAGUAAAUUUAGUCCUGAAAUAUUUUUACAGUAGCUGAAGUGAAAUUAACUUCCAGGAACGUUUCUGAAACUCUCCGAUGAUCCGGACAUCACUGGAUCGUUCUGAUUUCAGAGCCUCCUUUAAAAUAUGUAAAAAAUAAUUAGAACGGCUUGGAUGAAUCUGUAAUGAAUCCUCUAUAAAAUCUAUUUUUUGAAGUAUAGAUUAUUGACGUUGCAAGAUGAAACUUGUAUAAAUGAACAAAAUAAAUACUGUACAUUGUUUUGGUGAA